AAAGUUAAGCACAAGAUGGGACAUAAGCAAUCCGUUCAAAUAACACCACAACAGACGGAUUGUGGUGAGGAAAAAAACCCAAAAAACAGUGAAUCCAAUGGACAAGUUAUCGCUAAUUUGGAUUUGACGGAUGCUGCAACCAUUGAAGUGGCAGCACAGUUAAACUGCGAAUCAGCUCCCGUGACAGUCACAAACAACAUAACUCCCUCACCAGGGUCAGACAAUGCUAAUGGCUCUGACCCAGCCACUACUACAGUUGUGCCUCUGCAAGUGUCACCAGGGCAAGACAUCCUGGCACAGACCAGCACGCCAGCAAAAGAGGAGGCACCAAAACCAGUUGAGACAGCCAGAUUCUUCAAAGGUAUGUUCAAGAAGAAGGCAGAAGCCAAGGCCCCUGUCGUGGAAGGUUGUGGUCCUGCUGAACCCCAGAUCACCGCUGUAGUGCAGACCGACAGCCAGAAAUCUGAGCCUCCUGCCAUAAACGGAAGUGCACAGGCUGAGAAAGAACUACAGGUUGAGGCUCCCAACCCCAGUGCUGCUGUGGUCGCAGAAGACAUCGUUCAACCAGACGACACCAACCCAGAGGAAAAUUCAGUUAUGAACUUUUUCAAAACAUUCAAGUCACAGAAAGGGACACCAGCCCCUCCAGCAGCAAAUGUCCAGGAAGCGUCGAAGGUCCUCCCUCCUCCACCCCCAGCACCUCCGAAGAUGGAGAGCAGAGCAGAGGUAACUGUAAAGAAAGAGGAGCUGCCACCAGCAGAAGCAACAGCGGCAGCAGCAGGAGGCAAGGAGCCGGCGGGACCCCACAAGGCGAAAGCUAAAGCUAGCUCAUUCGGCAAACUCUUCCGGCCAAAGUCUGUGGUGAAGGAGGCGGCACAGCCAGUUGAGGUACAGGUAGAUGCAUCCAAGUCGAGUACCCUUGAAGCCGCUGCCAAACCCGAGCUGCCCCCGGCACCCAAACCAGAAGAGCAGAAACCAGAGAAAAAGCCCUCGCCCUUUGCCAGCUUGCUCAAACCAAAGGUGCUGCUAGACCAAGUGAGCUCUAAGAUCCAGAUGGCUGCAUCGAGCGCUGCCGCUAGUGUGUCCCUUGGUGCCAGAGGAGCGGCUACGACGACCAAGAAAGAGGACCUUCCAGCCCCCACAGCUGCAGAGGCCACAUCGGGGGCCAAGGUCAAAGAAGAGCCCAAGUCUGCAACUCCGGCUCCUGUUGCGCCUGCCCCAGACACCAAAUCAGUGGAGAGUGCAGACAACCCUUCACCUAGUGUCCCCCGCAAGCAAGAGAAGAGGAACUCCAUCCAUCUGUUCUUUAAGAACCUGGGUCAGAAACGACACUCAUCUGACGCUGGAGUGCAGACAGAGCCCCCUGCACCUGAGAAGACCAAAUGAAGCCCCACUUUGGAUUCACCGACUGCACAGCAAACCCUUUGCAUGUACAUAAGUAUACGUCCCCAAACCAAACUUCCUGCCCUGAGACCUGGAGAGUUCAUUAACCCCUGCUGCUGGAGGUGAACUGAGAACUGGAGGGAACCGAAGUGUCCUGAAACCAGCCAUCUGUAUGAUUAAUAGCCAUCUCCCCUAUUUCUCUAUCCUUAUAGGGUCAGCAUGGACUUGACUUUAAAUCCCACACUUAAGCCAAAUAGACAGAGGUGGUUGGUUCUUCAUAUUUUCAGUAAAAAUAUAGGAGCCUUGGAAAACUUACAAGGAGCUCUUGGUUUUAUAAGAUUUAAAAUGAAGUAAUAUUAAGACUAAUGUGACCACAGUUUCUGUUAUAUGGGAAUAGCAUGUUGUAAUUUAAAUGUUAAUUAACCCCAUUACCCUGUCAGACUUAACUCCACAAUGUGGUCUUCAUGUAAGUGCUAAUUGUUGCAUGCAAGGCAUAUUAAAACCACUGUCAUAUGUUCAGCUUCUUUAUUUUAAAAAUUGAAUAUCUGAUUUUUGCACAUGUGGGGAAAAUACACAAUAAUCAGUCCUAUGACCGUGAAAACAAUCUGCAAAUAAGUUAUCAAAAGAUCAUAAGCAAUAACCCACAUCGCCAUUCAAUCAACUUUAAAUAUCUUCUUGUUGAAAAGUCCAAAGUCAAUGAUAACCCCUCUUUAUAUGCUUCUAUUGUUUGGUGGUAAUAGUGUUUUAUACUGUUUUCUCUGAUUGGGUAAGAGUCUUAAGACUUUUCAGGGUUUGACUGUUUAAUGCAGCAUGGCCUAUGUGUCUAAUGUUACAUCAACAUUUCCUCACAGGUUUUGCUAACAUAUUAUGUUUCAUCAUAGGCCUUGUUAAUUAUCAUACAUUUAUAAUGUUUUCAAGAUGGACAGUCAUUUUUAUACUGCUGUAAAACAUACUAUCUUUAACCAAGUCUUUAUUAACUGCAGUUGAGCUAGAUCAUUGAAAUUAGUUCAUUGUUCAUUUAGACUUUGACUUUAUCUAAAUUAAACAAAAUGAAUUAAAAAAUUCCACCUAGUUUCUUUUGCGCUAGGUGGAACAAUUGCUUUCAGUUUGAUCCACCAUAAUUGCUUCCUCUGAAAUGGUAUUUGUGUUCAGUAUCUGUCAAGCAAUUUAGGCAAUUUAUAUAAUUUCAGUCUGCCCUCAAAUUAUAUUUAACAAGAAAGGACCAAAUUUGAAAUCGUGAUUCUAUCUCUAACUGAAAGAGAUACACUUCUGAAGUUUUCCAUCACUUUUUAAAAUUUUUGCCUGUAAUCAACUAAUGUCAUCGAUUAAAUGAAAUAUUCUGUUUCUGUAAAA